GCUUCUAGCGUCGUCUUACGAUACACUGACUAUUAGGGAAAAUGCUUUGGUGUGUGACUCUUAUUCUUGUCAGCUUUACUGAAUCUCGAUCAGAGAGUUUACAGGUUAUUGGUCCAGAAGCUCCUCUUGUUGCUGUAGCUGGUGAAGAUCUGGUUCUGCCCUGUUUUAUCAAACCCAACACCAGUGCUGUGGACAUGACAGUGGAGUGGUUCAAACUAUAUGUAGAAGACUCAUUAGUGCAUCUCUAUAGGGAUCAUAAAGACAGAAAUGAAGGUCAGGCUCAGUCCUAUACAGGAAGAACAUCACUGUUUAAAGAGGAGCUACAGAAAGGCAACACUUCACUCAAACUCUCAGAUCUCAGAGUCUCUGAUGAAGGAGAAUAUAAGUGUCUUGUUGAGGACAAAUCCUGGUCCGAUGACAUCACUGUGAAGGUCAUUGUAGAGGCUCAGGGAAGCCACCCAGUGAUAAUGAUGGAGAGAUAUGAUAACUCAGGAGGGAUUAAUCUAGUGUGUGAGUCCAGAGGCUGGAACCCUGAACCUGAUGUUCUGUGGCUGGACAGAGAAGGAGUCACUCUGACUGCUGAAGAUACACAGAUACACAGAGACACUGAGGGCUUCAGUGUGAAAAGCCGCAUCACUGUUUAUGAUUAUAGCGACUCUAACAGGUUUUACUGCAGACUUCAGCAAAAACAUCACCUGAUGGAGACAGACAUUAUCAUCAAUAGUAAAGUCUUUCAUGCUUGGAAGUGGAUUGUCGGGAUUUCAGUUUCAGCAUGUCUUAUUGCUGUUGGAUUGAUCGUAACUGCAGUUGUUUGUCACAAGAAAGAGAUGCAAAAGCAGACUAUUAUCUCUCAAAAAGAGAGGCAGAUACAGAUGCUGGAAGCUGAAAUGAAAAAGGAGAAGGAGUACACAGAACUGCAGAGACUGAGUGUGGAAUACGAGUUAUUAAAGAAGAAGCAGUAUGCAGUGGAUGUGACUCUGGAUCCUGAUACAGCAAAUCCAUAUCUCAUCCUGUCUGAUGAUGGAAAACAAGUGACACGUGGAGACACACGACAGAAUCUCCCUGAUUCACCACAAAGGUUUCAAUUUCCCUGUGUUCUGGGAAAGCAGAGUUUCUCCUCAGGGAGAUUUUAUUAUGAGGUGCAGGUCAGUGGGAAAACUGCCUGGACAUUAGGAGUCGUGAGAGAGAACAUUAACAGGAAGUGGUGGAUUUCACGGUGUCCUCAGAAUGGAUUCUGGACUGUGGCUCUGAGGAAUGAGAAUCAGUACAAGGCUUGUGCUGAUCCCCCUGUCCCCCUCACACUGAGGUUGUGGGGGUGUUUGGAGGUUGUGGGGGUGUUUGUGGAUUAUGAGGAGGGUCUGGUCUCCUUUUAUGAUGUGAAGUCCAGAUCUCAUAUCUACUCUUUCACUGGUCAGUCUUUCACUGAGAAACUCUAUCUAUACUUCAGUCCUUAUAGAGGUAAAAAUUCAGCACCACUGAUCAUCUCUCCUGUAUUUAAGACUGAAUGAAUUUUUAGUCAAAUUUUCUUACAAAUUUAUUUAUCUAUUAAAUGGUAAGAAUAAAAAUAAAUAUUUAACUUCUUUAGUUACAUUUUAGAAACACAUUUUCCCUUUUAAAAUUCUGUACAGAUUAUUUUAAUACCUGGUUUUAAUUGUAAUCCUAAAGUCUGUUUUUUAUGAUUAUUUGACAUUAUGAUUGUGGAACUUUGUCAUUACAAAUCACAUAUAAAUAAAGAUCAUUUACAGUUUA